AUGAGCAGACCUCAGAUACUCUUACGAGAAGCUCUCAAGGUCACUUCGACUCCGAGGGGUGUGAAUAUCGCAGGUCCAUCGAGAUUAGCUAUAGCUUCACCCAGCCGGUCCAAUGCUUCGACAUAUCCAAUCCACCAUGGUCAUCGCCAUUACGCUACUUCGGUCUCUAGUAAUAGUAGCAGCAGCACCAGUAGUAGUACCUCAACGAUCAUACAGAAACCUCAGCCUCAUCAACAUCCAGCAUUCGAAUCGCUCUCACAGGAGCUAUCCUCGACUCAACCAUGUUUCGGUGCUAGGGGAGAUGAGAUUGAAUUGUUGACUUCCCCUCAGAUGUUCUACGGACGGCUGAUAGAAAUGAUCAAGAGGGCCAAGAGGAGGGUGUUGAUAAGUAGCUUGUACAUAGGUACGGAGGAGGGCGAAUUGGUCGAAUCAAUACGUCAGGCAUUAACCAACAAUCCUCAACUACGUACAGUCUUCAUGUUAGAUUAUCAUCGAUCAACCCGACUAUCUCGAAACUCUUCUUCGUCAGUACCACCUUCCACCGCUCAUCUGCUACUACCCCUCGUAGAGGCUUUUCCGGAUCGUUGUGAAGUAUGGUUAUACCGUUCUCCGAAAUUACGUGGACUGCUGGAGAAGAUCGUUCCGGAGAGGUAUGACGAAGGGUGGGGUACCUGGCAUGGGAAAUGGUAUGGUGUUGAUGACGAGGUAUUGAUAAGUGGAGCCAACCUCGCGUCAUCGUAUUUUACAAACCGACAAGAUCGAUAUAUUCAUUUCAAGUCCAACCCCUCAUUGUUGUCCUACUUAUCAUCCCUUACUCGACUAUUCAUUCAAUACUCAUACCUCUUACAUCAUUCACCUCCUGCACACAUCUCACCAACUUACACCGUCCCUUUACCCAAUCCUUCUUCCUCUCCUUCAUCUUCAGGCGGUACUUCACGAGCAUCCUUGAUAUGGCCCAGUGCGUCUAUUCACCCACGUCGAUUCUCCACCCAUGCUCUAGCGACUCUAACAGCAUUCCAAAACUCUUGGAGAUCGUCCAAUGCCAACAGGUCAAGAAGGGUAGAUAUCGAUACGUGGUUUUGGCCAGUGAUCCAAUCUGGUGUACUAGGCUUGAAAGAAGAGGAAAAGAAUUUGGUAAAAGUUUGGAAUGCGAUUAAGAAAAGUUAUGAGAGUGAUGAAGAAGGUAGUAAAGUCAGAGUUGAUUUGACAUCAGGUUAUUUCGGUUUGUAUAAGGAAUAUAAGAGGUUGGUAUUGGAUAGUCCGGCAAGUACUCAGAUCAUAGCUGCUAGUCCUAAAGCAAAUGGGUUUUAUGGGUCGAAAGGAUUCUCAAGGUUGAUACCAGAGGGAUAUACGUUGUUGGAAAGUAGAUUUCAUAGAGAGGCUGUUAGAAGAGGACGUGCCUGGGAUGAAGAAAAAGGUUCAGGUGUGAGAUUGAGAGAAUGGGAGAAGGAAGGUUGGACAUAUCAUUCCAAAGGAAUAUGGUUAUCCCCCUCCUCCUCCUCCACAGCAUCAUCGACCUCUAACCCAUUCCUGACAUUUAUCGGCUCGUCCAACCUGUCCACUAGAUCAUUGACAUUGGAUACAGAAUUAUCCCUAAUCAUGAUGACAUCUUCUCCUACCUUGCGAAAAUCACUUGGACAAGAAGUGAAAACUAUCAAUAAGGAUUCCAAAGAUGUAGGUGAGGACACGUGGAAUAGUGAGGAUAGGAAAGUAAGUUGGUUAGCUUGGGUGUUGGUCGCGUUGGGUGUAGAAGGGAUGUUGUGA